GUUUUAUUUUACUUUUUAAAAUGAGUGUAAAUUUAACAUUGUAUAAUCCUUGUGAACAUUGGUAUAAUCUUGAAUGCUACAUUGACAAAUUCAAUCUGUCCGAUGCCGACGCCAGAGCUUUGCGUACAAUCAGGCAGGAAAAUCAUUUAUAUGUAAUGCUUUUGAUUUUGCUUACUUCAUUUUUCGUCAUUUAUUGCAAUAAUUUGUACAAAAUAUCUUUGCUUAGUUGCACUUCUGAAGUGUAUUAUUUUAUCCAGAAACAUGGAAGAUGUAAAAUUGCCAAGGUUUGUGACUGCAUUGGGAAGUGCAAAUAUCCUCAAAUAGCAGUCCGUUAUAGAAAGCUGAAGUUUUGAAAUGAUCUUUGAGGGAGAAGUUUCAUGGAACUUGUAUCCUGUUGCAGACACUCAGCCACUGGGAGAAAUAAGUAAAAUUCUAUCCAUGGAUGAUGUAGUAAUGGCAACAACUACAAUAAAAGAUGAAGUUCACUAUAGUGAUGGCGUACAAAAUACUGAAUGUAUGAAUAAUGAGAUUCCUCAACCAGCUUCUGAAGACUAUUGUAAUACGAAUGCAGCGAAUGAGUCAGUUUCUUCAAUAAAAAUCAAAUGUGAGCCGUUAAUAGAAAUGAGCAGUUCUCCUCAGCCGCCCAUGAAAAAGAUUAAGAAAGAGUCUGAUUCUUUUGAAACUCUGAAUCAAUCUGUGACUAAACUCCAUAAAUUCCCAGUUAUGAGGUCAUGUGAUGUUGUAGAAGAUGAAUAUUACUAUUUUGCUAUGCACAUUGUGUCUCAACUAAGAACAUUACCGACAAGAAGUUUUAUAAUUCUUCAGGAAAGAAUCCAAAGUCUUGUUACUGAAGAAAGAUUGAAGGUAUUGGCUUCUCCAGACCAAACUGGGAGUACAACACCAUCUUCAUUUGUUCACAUUUCAUCACCAUCAUACAAUUUCCAAAGUGGUUACCAAUCACCAUCACCUUAUCAUAGUUCUCAAUUUGAGAAGAUUAAAUAACUCAUCAUGGAAUGAAUAUAAAUGAGCUAUGUAAUGUAUCUGUGAUCGAUGGGUUAAUGAGGAACAAAAAGGAAUGAAGACGUUAAAUUUAGAGUGAGUUGCCUCAAUUCAUCAUUAAAUGCUUUGUUGCUUAGCAACU